AUAUUCUGUACAUUGCAGUAUUGUGUAUCGAACCUUACGAUUAUACGUAUUUAGUACGUAACUACUUCAUAUGCCUUGCACAAUUUGUUGUGUUCUAUAAAAAAUUACGCUCAUAUCUUGAGAACGUAAAUAAUAUAAAAUAUUUUGAAUAAUAAAAAUAUUUUUAAAACUUAACUUCAUAUUCUCCAUUUGAAUUUACUCAAAUUUUAUAUAUUAUUGCCAGUAGCAAAAUGUCUCCUGCUUUAAAACCAGACGUUCAAAAAGAAAUGGAAUCGUUUUUUCAUGUCUGUAUGGCAAAUCCUUCGAUAUUAAAUCAACCAGAAUAUUCUACAGUAAAAACAUUUAUUGAAUUUUUUGGAGGACAAAUACCAAAAGUAAAUCAACAAGAAAAUAAUGAAUCACCAAGUAAAAAAUCAGAAGAUGCAAAUAUAUCUAAAGAAUCAGAACCACAAUCUGAACCAGAAAGUGAAGAAGAAAGUGAUCUUGAACUUGAUAUGAGUGCAGUAAUUGAACCAGAUACAGAUGCUCCUCAAAAAAUGGGAAAUCUUACUUUACAACCAACAGAAGAAGAAAUUGCAGAAUCUCAAGCUAAACGUUCUGAAGCUGUAUCAGCAUUUAUAGAAAAAGAUUAUGAAAAAGCUAUAGAACUUUAUACUGAAGCUAUUAUAUUAAAUCCACAGGCAUCAUUACUUUAUGCUAAACGUGGACAAAUUUUCUUAUUACUGAAUAAGCCUAAUGCUUGUAUUCGCGAUUGUGAUCGUGCCUUGGAAUUAAAUCCAGAUAGUGCAGCAGCACAUAAAUUUAGAGGAAGGGCUAAUUAUUUGCUUGGAAAAUUUGAAGAAGCAGCUAAUGAUUUGAGACUUGCUUGUAAAUUUGACUUUGAUGAGCAAGCUGAUGAGUGGCUACGAGAAGUUACACCAAAUGCUCGAAAAAUCGAAGAACACAAAAGAAAGAAGGAACGUAAAAUACAAGAAAAAUUAGAACGUGAGAGACAAGAAAGAUUGAAGAAAGCUCGAGAGAGUGCAAAAAUUUAUGAAGAAAACACUCGUACCUCCCAAACUGAUUCUAGCGGUGAUACUGCUGGAAUGGGUGACUUUUACAAAUUUUUAAACGAUCCAGAUGUUCUCCAAGCUUUUAUGGAUCCUGAAGUAGCUGAAGCUUUUAAAGAAAUUUCCACAAAUCCGACAAAUAUUUUGAAAUACCAAAGCAAUCCGAAGAUUAUGGCAUUUAUUAAUAAGAUGGCUUCAAAAUUCGGUGGAGCUGGUGGAUUUCCUGGUAUGAUGGGUGGUAUGCCUGGAUUCCCAGGUGCUGGCACACAAACUACUCCAAAACCAAAACCACAGGACGACGUUGGUCUCGAUUAAAUCUGAUAUGCUUUGUUAUUGAAAUUCCGUUUCAAUUUAUUCUCAAAUAAUUUACAAGGCUCUGAAUACUUGUUCUAAAGUGAUUGUUAUGUCAAACGAUGCGGUGUCUUAUUAAAAAAUACUAAUGAAUUAAGCGAGCUAGAAUUUACAAAUAUGUAUAUCUUCAUUGUCAUAAUGAUAUUUUAAAAAAAUUUAUAUAUUUCAAAAUCAUCUUAAAAAAGGAGCAUAAUUAUAACGAUCCUCUUUUAUACAGUAUUUCUCGUUUAAGGUUGGAAUGUUAAGGAAUUUUUAUCUCACUUGGUCAUCAGUUCUUGGAACUGCUCCCAUAAACUUAAUGUUCGUAUUUUGAUCGACGGUAUCUCGGAAUAAGAGUUAUCUAAAAUAUUAAAAAUAAUAUUUCUUUUAUUCUCCGAUGCAUCAAAAAAUAAAUAAAUAGCAGAAUGUCUAAUUUCUAGAAUGAUAUUUCUCUUGGUACGAUCUUCGAUCGUAGUGGAUCGGAAUAGGAUUUAAAUUAAUAAAUGACUAAAUAACGGGGAAUAUUGUAUAUAACCCAAAGUUAGAAUUGUAUUUUAAAUAUGGAAUAUAUCGAUACUUGUUAUUAUUCUUUAAACGUCCAAUUGAAUUCUUAAAUAGUAAUGGAAUGAUAUUAUAUAUUAAUGAACAAAACGAUUGAUUUUAAAUGAAGGAAGAUUUCACUUUCUUACUUUUUAUGCUUCUUUGUCAAAUCUAAAAUUUUUAGUAAAAUGUUUAUUAUAUGCAUUCUAGAAUAAUGAGUAAUUUAGAAUUAGAAUUUAUUUCUUUUAGGUUUAUAUGUGUGGAUUUUUUCUUUUUUCUUUUUUUUUUUUUUCCAUUCAAUUUCUUAUAUAUUUUCAUUAAUCAUAUGAUAAAGCAUUUGUUUGUUAAUGAAUUUUUAAUUGUUUUCUAUUACUUAUAACUUUAUAUUUGCUUCAUAUCACUAACUAUAUUAAAUUUUUCAUAUAUACAAUAAGCAUUUUGUUCAAUUUGCUUGACUCAAUAAGGAACGAGUAUAAUUUUAUACGAUUACAAUUACGAUUUAUCAAAAAAUUUCUAAAUAAUGUAUGUUACAAUUUCAUUAGCUAUGAAAAAUACAUUAUCCUAAAUUAUACGUGUGUGUGUAUGUAUAUGUAUAUAUAUACACAUAUAAAGAGACAAAGUUAAAAAAAAAGAAUGAUUUUAGUAAAUUAGAUAUUAUGAAAAUGUAUAUUGUAAAAUAUUUCUUAUGAAUUGGUAAUUUUUCUAUGUGAUUCAUAAAAAAGUUUUUCUAAAAAUUAAAUUUUUAAACAAAUUUUAUUAAUUUAGUAUAUUUUCCAUGUUUGUUUAUUGUUUUUAUUUAGAAAUCUAUUAAUAUUCAAAAAAUAUUCAUUUAUUCACCACAAGAAAGUCCUUUUUUAUUAUAAUUUAAUGAAUAUUGAACGAACAAUUGUGAGUUGAGCAGCUAAUGAAUAUAUUGCUUCGAAUAUAUUUCUGUUGAAAAAUAAAUUGUUAUAUAAACGAUGUACCGCGAAUUCAAUAAAUGCAUCAUACAAUUCUGUGUAAA